AUGGCACGCAUCAGCCGCCGACAGUACGUGGAACUUUACGGCCCAACCGUCGGCGACCGCUUCCGCCUGGCCGACACCUCGCUGGUUUGCGAAAUCGAACGGGACCUGCUCACCUACGGCGAAGAACUGGUCUUCGGGGGCGGGAAAACCGCCCGCGACGGCAUGGGGCAAGCAUCGGCGAUGACCAAUCGCGACGGCGCGCUGGAUCUGGUGAUAACCAACGCCAUCGUCAUGGAUCCGGUGCUGGGGAUUGUCAAAGCCGACAUCGGCAUCAAGCAGGGUCUCAUCGUCGGCAUCGGCAAGUCGGGCAACCCGGGCGUGAUGGACGGCGUGCAUCCCGAUCUGGUUGUCGGUCCGGGCACCGAGGUCAUCGCCGGAGAGCACCUCAUCGCCACGCCGGGCGGUAUCGACGCCCACAUCCACAUGAUUGCCCCGCAGCAGGUUCACCACGCCCUGUCCAACGGGAUCACCACGAUGAUUGGCGGUGGCACCGGCCCCGCCGACGGCACCCGCGCCACCACCUGCACCCCUGGGCCCUGGAAUACCUCGCUCAUGCUGCAGGCCGCCGAGUCGCUGCCCGUUAACUGGGGACUAUUGGGCAAGGGCAACGCCAGCGACCCGGCCCCUCUGGAAGAACAACUGGAAGCUGGAGCAAGCGGCCUGAAGCUCCACGAAGACUGGGGGACGACACCGGCAGCCAUCGACUGCUGUCUGACCGUGGCCGACCGCUACGACGUGCCGGUCGCCAUCCAUACCGAUACCCUCAAUGAAGCCGGCUUCGUCGAAGACACCAUCGCCGCAAUCGCCGGUCGGGCGAUACACACCUACCACACCGAGGGCGCCGGCGGCGGCCACUCCCCCGACAUCAUACGCAUUGCCGCCGAGCUUAACGUGCUGCCGUCCUCGACCAACCCCACGCGUCCUUACACGGUCAACACUCUGGCGGAACACAUGGAUAUGCUGAUGGUGUGCCACCACCUGAACCCCCGCGUGCCCGAGGAUGUUGCCUUCGCCGAGAGCCGAAUCCGCCCCGAAACGAUGGCCGCCGAAGACGUGCUGCACGACCUGGGCGUGAUCAGUAUGUACGCCUCCGAUUCCCAGGCGAUGGGCCGCGUCGGCGAGAAUUUCACACGCCUGUUCCAGACUGCUGACAAGAUGCGCCAGUUCAAGGGCAAGCUCUCGGAAGAUUCACCGGACAAUGACAAUUUCCGCGUGCUGCGCUACCUGGCCAAGCUGACCAUCAACCCGGCCAUCACCCACGGCAUAUCCCAUCUGGUCGGCUCGCUGGAGCCGGGCAAACUGGCCGACAUCGUACUCUGGCCCAUCGGUUCCUUCGGAGCCAAGCCGAAAAUGAUCCUCAAAGGCGGAAUGGUGUCCUGGGCGGUGAUGGGCGACCCCAACGGCUCCAUCCCCACCGCCGAACCCUCCUUCUACCGUCCCAUGUUCGCCGCGCUGGGUCCGGCGCUGUCCAGCACCUGUCUGACCUUUGUGUCCCGGCGGGCCUACGAAUUGGGUGUCCAUCAGGAGUUGGGAUUGCGGCGCCGCGUCGAGGCGGUGCGGGGAUGCCGCACCAUCACCAAGCGUCAAAUGGUGCGCAACGACGCCAUGCCCACCAUCGAAGUUGACCCCGAAACCUACCAGGUGCGAGUCGACGGUGAACUGGCAACCGUACCCGCUGCCGAACGCCUCAGCCUCGCCCAACUGUUCUUUCUGGUCUAG